GGGGGGCGCCCCUGACGCGGCGGCUGGGGUGUUCCCCGCCCGGUGUCGUUCCCCGCGGCAGGUGGCCCCUGACACUAGCUGCAGCCAUGGGAAACACCACCAGCGACCGAGUAUCUGGGGAGCGCCACGGCGCCAAGGCUGCACGCGCCGAGGGCGCUGGCGGGCAUGGCCCCGGCAAGGAGCACAAGAUCAUGGUGGGGAGCACGGACGACCCCAGCGUCUUCAGCCUGCCGGACUCCAAGCUCCCUGGGGACAAAGAGUUUGUAUCAUGGCAGCAGGAUUUGGAGGACUCCGUAAAACUUACACAGCAGGCACGGCCCACUGUUAUCCGCUGGUCUGAAGGAGGCAAGGAGGUCUUCAUCUCUGGGUCCUUCAACAAUUGGAGCACCAAGAUUCCACUGAUUAAGAGCCAUAAUGACUUUGUUGCCAUACUGGACCUCCCUGAAGGAGAGCACCAAUACAAGUUCUUUGUGGAUGGACAGUGGGUUCAUGAUCCAUCAGAGCCUGUGGUUACCAGUCAGCUUGGCACAAUUAACAAUUUGAUCCAUGUCAAGAAAUCUGAUUUUGAGGUGUUUGAUGCUUUAAAGUUAGAUUCUAUGGAAAGCUCUGAGACAUCUGGUCGAGAUCUUUCCAGCUCACCCCCAGGACCUUAUGGUCAAGAAAUGUAUGUGUUUCGAUCUGAGGAAAGAUUCAAAUCACCACCCAUCCUUCCUCCUCACCUACUGCAAGUUAUUCUUAACAAAGACACUAAUAUUUCUUGUGAUCCAGCCUUACUCCCUGAGCCCAACCAUGUUAUGCUGAACCAUCUUUAUGCGUUGUCUAUUAAGAUAAAGAAACUAAGACUCAGAGAAGGUCAGAUUGCCAGACAGUGUGAUGGUCCUUAGUGCAACCCAUCGCUACAAGAAGAAGUAUGUCACUACUCUGUUGUACAAGCCCAUCUGAAGGAAUCCCUUCUUGCCUCCAAGGGUUCAGGAGCAGCAUCUCCCUCACCUUUCUGGACUCAUCCAGUCUUGUCUGAGACUGGAAGGCUGAUUUGCUUUGAGGCUGAUGUGUGUGUUUCGGGGCCUCUGAGUAGGAUGCCCUGCUUUUGCAUUUGAUUGCAGAUGAGAGCCUUAUGAGUUCAUGGAAUUUAUUUUAAGAAAAAACAUACAUAUACAUAUGAAAGAAAGGUAAACUGAAGCUUCCUAGCCCCAACUUGAUGUAUUCCCUCUGCCUAUGGGCAUUCACCAAGAUCUAUUUGGGGAACAGCAGGAAUAACUAUGCAGGAUGUUUUUUUCCUCUGAAGAAAGAACAGCAAACUGUUAGGAUCCUUGCUGAACACAAGAUUCUAUCCUGGUGACCUUGGCUUUCCAAGGGAGGGCUUGUGCUAGACUGCCACCCUACUCAACAGCUGUCUCAUUGCAAGGGCAGCUUUUCUUGCAUGGGUUCUCUGUAUUUCCAGAGUACGUGCCACAAUCUGUGUUUUUUAUAUAAUAGCAGAUGCCCCACAAGAACCCCUUUUCUGCUCAUUUCACAUUCUUCCCUUAAUUGCCUCCUUCAGAUCCCAUGCCUGACCCCUCUCU